AUGAGCUUAGUGUUCACUGGAACACAACUGAUGUAUGCAUACUCGUUCUUUAGGAACAAUAACCUGAAUCAACUAGAAGAACAGGUAGAAGCUGUAUAUGAACAAUUUUACAACGUUCGGCGGCAAUAUGAGGAUCAAGUCUUCCAUUGCUAUAAGACUGCCAUUGUGAGAGCUGAUAGGAAAGCUCGGGAUAUCCUGAUUGAUAAUCCUAAACUCACAGGUGCACCGUUAACAGCCAAAAUACAGCUGGAAAUAUCUGAGCUUGUCCCUUGGUAUAACUGGACUGUAGUACAGUACAGCGAAAUUGGAAGCAUCUCACUGAGUAAGAGGCAUUGUGCUGUGGAAUCUAGAGGCAAACAGAUCUUCACAGUCAAACGUGGAGAACGUAAAGUACUCGUUUUGUGGGAGGAUCGAGGAAAUCGAGAAUGCUAUGAUGCUGACAAGGCGAAUACUUUUGUUCCGUUUAAGUUAUGCGACGGAUGCAACAAUACGGUCUUUCAGGGUUCCGAGAAAACUCUGAAUGGAAAAAGUUGCCCAAACUAUCUUACAGAAACAGUCCAGGAAACAGAAAGGUCUUGCGGGUCUGACUCUUCCACUUCCGAAGUGAAUGGCCUAAUCAACAGUAACAAGUACUCCUUUGUUGCCGGAGGCUUCAGCAGUGACCAGCAUCCCUGUCGAACACACGGAGAUGAGAUGUGUGGCGGUCAUGGGUCCUGCCAAUCCAUUCCCUACAGUGACGACUAUAUGUGUUUCUGUUCCUCCCAUUUUUGGGGUGAAAGCUGUGAGACUUGGUACAACCCCUCCUAUUCUGUGAAUGUAACUGACAUAAUGGUAAGCAUGAGAGAAUCUUUUGGCAUCUCCAUUGGAGUGCCCGAUGUUGUUGAUGUGUAUCUCGAAAUUCAGAAGUUCCCUAGUCAGCUCCGAGAAAUGCAGACAAGCAUGGCGGCCUCAUUUGAAGUUAACAAUCACCUUACUCUCUAUGGGGAUCCUUUCACCAAAGCAGAACGAGUUGCAGACCUGUACCAUCAACUCCUGAGUGGAAAUAUGACUGAGAACACCUUUGGCGAGAAACUUGAACGGCUUAAUCUUAAUUUCGAUUUCAUUUUCUGGAACCUGAAGAAAAUGAUUUAUGGUGACGGGAUCUUAACCUCAGAUGAUUUGAUGAAUUCAUUUAAGAAAUCACAGACGCCUGCAGCUUGCACAGAGAGUUAUGGUGUAAAGAUUUCUAGGUUCAUGAAAAAUAUUUUGACUUUGACGAAGAAGUUACUGAAGCUCAGCUGA